UUGCUUCUUUGAGUCAGGGUGCAGCUCUGGUCACCUGACGGCCUCUUCAGCUCAGCCUCCCGCAAAGUGUGAGCCUGAAGGACCACCCUGAAUUGCCCUUGUGGGACCCAGAACAGCUACCAGCAGAAUCGGGUAAUGGCUCCCUCCUCCUUCACCCGGGCUGCCCUCACCUGGCUAUGGGCUUGCAGUCUGUGAUAAGGAGCUCCACUUCUAGAAGACUGAUUCUCAUGGACCAACUGGUAUUCAAAGAGACAAUCUGGAAUGAUGUGUUCUGGCAGAACCCCUGGGACCAGGGGGGCCUGGCAGUGAUUAUCUUAUUCAUCACCGCUAUCCUGCUUCUCAUCUUAUUUGCCAUCGUGUUUGGUUUACUCACUUCCACAGAAAACACUCAGCGUGAAGAGGGUGAAGAGGAGUGACCUGACUUCCUGGGGACUGAGACGGCAGCAGGGGAGGCAAGCUGACCUGCCCCAUUCUGGUGGUGGGCCCCUCCGCGGUCCCCUCUGGCUCAGGGGCCAGGCCCUGGUGUCUUCCUUUCCCACCAGGAAAGAGUCUAGUAAAAUAUUCCAUCUGGCUUAGGGUUGGUCAGACUAGUAAGAUGGGGAGGCUGGUCUGAGACCAAUUCUGGUGACUUGAUCCUAUUGGUUUUCGGGUUCCCUGACCAGAACACUAAAAGCACAUGGAGAGGACGGCUCCACUGCCUCAGGUGGAAGGAGCGAUGGCUAACAAGGUUUUCUAACAGGCCCACAGGCCCAGCCAGCAAUUUCACAAAUCCUUGACAGAGAAAGACACAACCCAAUGAAGUAAAAAUUCCUUUACAAAUCUGCUAA